AUGAAAAUAACAGUGAUUCUACUGCUUUUCGUGCUGCUAGUUAGCCAGGUUGAAGCUAGGUCGAGGCUAAAGAAGUACGAUGAAAGUUUACGGUGAGUUUGAAAUUUUCAUAUCAAGCUUAUACCUACUAAAAUCAUUAUAUUCUUACUUAACCUAAGCCUACUGAGCCUAAGCCUACUAAGCCUAAGCCUACUAAGCCUAACCCUGCAAAGCCUAAGCCUACUAAGCCUAACCCUACUAAGCCUAAGUCUGCUAAGACUGAAACUACUAAGCCUAAACUUCAUAAGCCUAAGCCUGAACCUACUAAGCCUUAAUAAGCAAAAGCUUACUAAACCUAAUCUUACUGAGUUUGCAUCUACUGGACUUAAGCCUACUAAUUCUAAGCCAACUAGGCCUAAGCCUACCAAGCCUAAACUUACUAAGCUUAAGCCUAAUAAGCCUUAAUCAGCUGAGAACUCAAAACUCACUAAAACCAUGGAAUUAUGAACUGUUCAUAUUAUAUAUAAUAAUUUUUCUUUUCAGAGCAGCCCACAUGGGUAGCCGUGUGAAACGAUAUGACACUAUACUGGUAAGAUUUUUAAACAAUUUUUAAAAUUAAACGCAUUUUUUGGACUUUUCAACCGUAAAUUUUUUACAAGCACAUAAAAUACAGUUUUCGGAUACUUUUUACGAUUAUUUUGCAGUAAAACUACUCUAAUUUGCGACUUAUUACAACGGCAAAACUUACUUUUCCGCAAGGUUUAGUAUUAAAACAUGUAACAUAUAUUACUACAAGAAGUUGCAUUUAAACUUUUUAAACAUUUUUUUUAACUUUCCAUCUCAAUUUUUUUAAACUAUAGGCUACUAAGUUCAUAUUUUUUUGCCAAAUCAAAAUUUUUUCUACUGUAAACAAAGUUUUUGCAUUUUUAAAAAUGCCAGCCUUAAUUUGGGAGUUUAAACUACUUUUAGGUAUAAAUCUUACAAAAUAAUGUUAUAAAAGCCAAGAAAAGAGUUUGCGAACUUAUCUAGUGUAUAUUUUGCCACUAAUUAUAUUGUUUUAGGGUGUUGCACCAAAAAGAAUUAGAAGAAUGACAAAAGAAGGCAAAGUUCGAUCAGAUGGAGUAGCAUAA